AUGUUGAGGAGCUCAAAGGCAUGUGUAACAGGGAAAUGGGAAGGGAAAGUACGGGAUUACCCUGUGCAUCAAAUGAUAUUCAACAAAGAACACCUCUAUACAUUAGAUGGAACUAACAAAUGCAACGACAUUAUUAAUCUAGUGAAAUUUCACCACUCGUCUCAAAUACCUGUCGGUGAUAAGUUCACUCUGCGGCAGCCAGUGUGCAAGCAACCAUGGGAACUGACCAGCGACAAAGUUACAAUGAUCACCAAAAUUGGAUCAGGAGCGUAUGGCGAGGUGUGGCAGGGUGUCAUGCACGAAAACCCAAACAAACCACCAUUUGACGUCGCUAUCAAAGUGAAGAAAAUUAACGCUGAAAACAAGGCAAUGAUGGAUGAAAUGUACAAAGAAGCCCGCCUGAUGAGACAGUACAAACACAAGUACGAGGCUAGAAAUGUGGUUUCCUUUCAUGGCGUCGUACAAAAGGGGAACGGCAACGUCAUGAUCGUCAUGGAGUUCAUCAAUGGUGGCUCCUUGAAGGAGCACUUGAAGAAGAGCAAAGAUUCGUUACCGAGGCAAGAACCGGAAGUGCUACAGCAGGCCAUUGACUGUGAGUGA